AGCGUGGGGAGAGAGAAAAAAGCGUGUUGCCUAUGUAGGCUAGCCUGAGAGUUGUGCGUGUGUUUGAUUGUGAGCGCGCAUGAGAAAGAUUCCGGGAAGGGUGGAGAGAGAGAACAGUUACUCGGUUGGGGCUGUGUGUCGUGUGCCAGAUGCCGACAGAUGCGCUCAAAGAAAGUAUCAAUAUCGAGGAAACAGUGGCGAAGAGCGACAGUAUGACUCUGUCCAGUGCCCAGCCUUUACGCAGAGGAAGUACCCCUGUGCCAAUCAAACACCAGCUCAGACGGGAGGAAGCAGUCCAUGAUGAUUGUGAUUGGACAUCAGGGUUGGCUGGACCUUCUCCUCCUCCAAUCAGUUUCAGCCCAGCGAAAGAUGAGGCCGUCACCUUGGCUGUGGAAGGAGCACCCGCCUCUGAAGGGCCUUUUCGGAUUGCUCUGCUGGGGCAGAAUGGGGUGGGCAAGUCUUGCCUCGCUAUUGCCUUGGCUGGCGAUUUGGAUAGAACUUCCUCUGUGGAUUCUGAGGGAGAGGGCUACGUGCGCACUGUCACCGUGGACGACGAGGAUUGCACCAUCCUUAUCUAUGACAACUGGAGGCAGGACCUAUCUGCUCUGCAGUGUGAGGUUUGUGUCCUGGUGUUCUCUGUGACGGACAGGCGUAGUUUUCACCGUACCGCCCAGCUCCGCCUACUUCUGAGGGAGACACAGCCACAAACCCCUAUCAUCCUUGUCGGCAACAAGAGUGACCUGGUCCGUUCACGUGAGGUCAGCGCUCAAGAGGCUUUCACCAGUGCUUCUCUGUUUGACUGUCUGUACGUGGAGAUGUCAGCCUCUCUGGACCACCGCACUGCGGAGCUCCUGGAGUAUGCAGUGAGGUUGGCCAGGGGCCUCAGCCCGGUGCCCCCGGGGGCCUGUGGCCACGACAUGGCUGGUGGCCGGGAGACCAUGACCCACCGCGCCAAGCGCUUCCUCACCAGCCUGGUCCCACGCCUCCCCCGUGAGAAGGAACGUGAUGGGGGCAAGUUCUUCAGACAGAAGUCCCGCUCCUGCCAUGACCUAGGGGCUCUGUGAGCAGGGAGGAUGGAGAGGUACAAAAAGAGAGGGGGGCUAGAAAGAGAGCAACAACAUUAUGGCAUGUAAGAAAUUGGAAAACUGAGAGGGAUCCAAAGUGGUGAAUAAUGGUGAUGAGGGAAGUGAGUGUGAAUGUUUGUGAUGACGUGAGGAGACAGCUGACUGAAGCAGAGGAGAGCAGGAAGAGAGAACGGCAACAAAGAUGACUUAAAAUACCCAUCCGAGUUGAUAGACGUAGACAUUUUGUACCAUAAAACCAUAGAUAAUCGAUAGAGAAGCAUUCAUUAGCUGUUCAACCACUGUACAUACAACAGAACGAUGCUGUAGUGAUGGAACUUCACCACCUCCAUUCCUGUGUGAUUUUGUUGAGGACCAAGUAAAAUACUUUUAGAACUCAUUAAAAAGGAAGCUGAA